AUGAGCUCAAGGGCACUGACCUGGCCGCGGACGGGCCAGUCCUCGCGACACCAGCUGACUCGCUCUCAUGACUUCGGCAUUGUGUGCCCAGCGCGAUCAUUACCCUUUGCUCAGCAGAUCGCCGAACUCUCCACCACUUGCCGAAAACAGGAAGGAUUAGGACGUCGCGCCAAAGAGAAGCUACUCGAUAAGGAAUUUUUCCUGAGUCUGCUCAGCUCUGCCACGACCAAGCGCGAAGCAAAACAAUACCUGUCUCGCUUCAAAGCCAGCCCCUCCAAGCCAGAUCUAGAGACGGCAGAGGACUCCCUCAAAGAAUCCAAAUCAGAAUCGUCACCGCUUGGUGUCAAUUUGGGCUCAUUCUAUGGAGCUUCCCGAGCCGUUUAUGAAACUCCAGUGUUCCGACAAAACACUACCCCGGCUCCUCGCGGGCACGAACCAGCCGAGCGACUACACAUGGCCCUGAUCAAAAUCAGCACGCCUCAAUCUCUCGAUGAUUCUACCAUCAAAGGGGUAGCCAAGACUUUCUCACAGCUCGUUCGUUUGGGCAUGGCGUGUUGCGUUGUUAUCGACCCAGGGAAGAUAGAUAAUGUCACUGCAGUGCGACAAGUCGCCAUUGAGCAGGCUAAUCGAAUCUCAGCGGCAGUUGAUGAACAGCCCGACUCCAAGUCAUUCCGUCUGGAUUCGGCUUUGUCGCUAUCAGAGGGCUCCGGGAAGCUGACUGUUACGUCUCGGAAGGGUCUUCUGGGCCCUCUUCGUGACGGACAUGUCGUUAUCGUCACGCCAAUUGCGUACAUGGAAGAGAAUCCAAAGGCUGUCGCAGUAACUGCAAACGAGGCUGUGAUAGCACUGACGCAGGAAUUUGCUGGUCUAAGUACCUCUCCCGACCCUGACGAAGACCCUACAGUCACCGCGGAGACAAUCAGCAAUUUACAGAAGGAGGUCUCUUUGGAUCGAUCGUCCCAUGUCUUUAUUAACAUGGAGCAAGAAUAUGAUGAGAUUGAGGAAGAGUUGAAUGAUAUACGAGACUCUUUGGUCGGCGAGGGAACUGAAACACUCCCUCGCAAAGAUCCUGGCCCUGCAUCAUCUAUCUUGGAAAGCAAUCCUUUCUCUAUGUUUGUGAACCAAGAGAUAGCUUCGCCCCUUCCGGGACAGUCGCAGCGACUCCCUGGAGCGCAGGCAAUAAGCCAUGUGCUUGAUGGCCAUAUGGACAAUCUUCGACUGUCGCGACAGGCCCUGGCUAUGCUGCCAUCUGCCUCUUCUGGCAUUAUUACCUCACCCCUGGAAGUCGCCAACUCUGCUCGUACACCGCAGACAGAUGCCUCAGAUUUGUCUGCCGUUGGAACUCGUCGCCAGCGCAAUCCUCUCAUUCACAGUCUUCUCACCGACAAACCUCUCCUUUCAUCAUCUUUACCCCCUGGGCGUCGUGGAACUGCCAAUAUUGGGCCCAGUGCAAUUAGCCCGCUUACUUCUCACACCACCUUCAUCAAGCGUGGAAUGCCUCUCACUGUCCUUCCGGACCCCUGGGUGCAAAUGUGGACCCCUCAACGGAAACGCGUGCAAUUGAAUGAUCCCUCAAUUGACUUGCCCCGUCUUGUUCAUCUGAUUGAAGAUUCAUUCGACCGCAAACUUGAUGUACAGAAAUACUUGGAACGAGUCAACGACCGAAUCGCCGGCCUGAUUAUCGCUGGAGAAUACGAAGGUGGAGCAAUUUUGACCUGGGAAACACCUCCGGGUGUCAUCGACGACGGCAGUGAGGAGAGCGCUGCCCGUAUGGUUCCAUAUUUGGAUAAAUUCGCAGUCCUCAAGCGCAGUCAGGGCGCAGGCGGUGUCGCUGACGUGGUCUUCAAUGCCAUGGUGCGCUCGUGCUUCCCCGAUGGAGUUUGCUGGCGCAGUCGCAAAGAUAACCCCGUGAACAAAUGGUAUUUCGAACGCUCGAAUGGUACGUGGAAGCUGUCCGAUAGUAAUUGGACUAUGUUCUGGACCACACCAGGACUGCCAGAGGAUAUGCAGAAGUUCCGGGACUAUGAAGCCGUGUGCAGGAUGAUUCAGCCGAGUUGGGCGGACAACAAAAGUGUUAUCGAUUGA